GCAAAAACUUAUCUCUAUCUCUCUCUUCAUAAAUUAGGAUACCUGUCUAUCUUCUCUCCAUAAAAACCCGUUUUAUGGGUCAAAAAGACUGAGACUCAACUCAUCUGCUUCUAUAUUUUCCUUCCAUGACAUCCAUCCUCUCUCUCUCUCUCUCUCUCUGUGAUUGAAGCAACUACAGGACGCUUGAAGUGAAAUUUGGUCCAUUUAGAAGGCAUUUUUACAAGGCUAAUUAAGCUAUUGGUGUGGACAUGGAAGGAAAUAUCAACCAGCAGCUUCUUGGAGAAGUAACUAUUGCUGAUCAAGUCUCAUUCAAGGACAAGUUGUGGAGUGAGACGAAGAAGCUGUGGAUCCUGGCCACUCCUGCUAUCUGCACCAGAGUCUCUACGUUUGGGAUUUAUGUCAUCACUCAGGCCUUCGUUGGGCACAUUGGCUCCACGGAAUUAGCAGCCUUCUCUUUCGUAUAUACUGUCAUUCUGAGGUUCGCAAAUGGCAUACUGUUGGGCAUGGCUAGUGCAUUGGGAACUCUCUGUGGGCAAUCAUAUGGUGCAAAACAAUACCACAUGCUUGGAGUAUAUCUUCAAAGAUCGUGGAUCGUAAUGUUCGUUGCAUCAAUUUUCCUUCUCCCACUAUUUAUCUUCACAACCCCGAUUCUAAAGCUUUUAGGCCAAAGUGAUAGUAUGGCAUAUAUAGGAGGAGAGGUUGGUCGGUGGUUAAUUAGUAGUUUGUUUGCUUUUAUUGUGUCUUUUACAUGUCAAAUGUAUUUGCAAUCACAGAGCAAGAACAUGAUUAUUACUUACUUGGCAGCAGUGACAAUUGUAAUCCAUAUCUUCCUUUCAUGGCUUUUAACUGUGAAAUAUAAGCUUGGGAUUCCUGGGGCAAUGUUAUCAACUGUGUUUGCAUUUUGGAUUCCCAAUAUUGGUCAACUUAUAUAUGUUAUGUGUGGAGGUUGUCGGGAUACAUGGAAGGGUUUCUCUUUAUUGGCUUUCAAGGAUCUUUGGCCUGUUGUCAAGCUUUCUCUAUCAUCUGGUGUUAUGCUUUGUGUGGAACUUUGGUACUACACAGCAUUGGUUCUUAUAACAGGAUACCUGAAAAACUCUGAGGCUUCCAUCGAUGCUCUAACUAUAUGCCUUAACAUCAAUGGGUGGGAGAUGAUGAUAUCUCUUGGAUUCAUGUCUGCAGCAAGUGUUCGGGUAGGAAAUGAGCUUGGAAGAGGGAGCUCAACAGCUGCAAAGUUCUCAAUUGUAGUGACAGUGUUUACCUCAUUUAUCAUUGGAUUCGUGCUGUUCCUGUUCUUCCUAUUCUUGAAAGGAAGACUUGCUUACAUAUUCACUGAAAAUGAGGAGGUGGUUGAGGCUAUCGCGGGCUUGUCACCUUUGCUUGCAGUCUCUAUAUUAUUGAAUAGUGUUCAGCCAGUGCUCUCCGGAGUUGCUGUUGGAGCUGGCUGGCAAAGCAUUGUAGCAUACGUUAACGUAGCCAGCUAUUACAUUAUAGGGGUUCCAAUUGGCCUUGUGCUUGGAUAUGUUUUUGAUAUGGGAGUCAAAGGUGUUUGGAUGGGAAUGUUGUUCGGAACUUUUGUUCAAACCAUUGCACUUGUCAUUAUCACCUACAAAACCAAUUGGGACGAACAGGUAAUUGCAGCUCGUAACAGAGUAAAAAGAUGGGCUGUGGAUGAUGCUCAAGAGCCAAAGCUUACCACGUCAGAUGUUAGCUAGAAGCUACCUUUCUUUCUUCUUUGCCCCUGCAUGUUUGGAGGCUUCCCUUUUUCUGUUCUUUUUUGUUACUUAAUCUUUACAUCAGGUUCUGUUUGAAAGGAAGGGUGGGGAGAAUGGGAAAGAGGAGAGAGGGCAGGGGAAUAGGGACCCCUACAUUUGCUUUGUCGUUUUAUUUUAUAAUAUAGAUUUGAUAAUCGUACUUUUCUUUGUUGAACUUAAGCAAAUAUAUGUAAUAUAUUUGUGAUACCCAUAUUAUUUGGAUAAGUUUAUUUUGUAGGCCUAUGUAGACUCCCACAACAAGUUUUUAUUAAGUCAAAUUGGGUCAUUUAAGUGUUUUAUAUAAUGUAAUACUUUUGAUGUAUAAGUGCA